AUGGGCGAUAGAUUAAAAGAGAUGAAAGCACGUUCCGUUAAACGGAAGCAGCUUCUUGCCCAAGUUUAUGGUAUUGAAAAUCCGGACAACUUGAAAACUGUUCUCAGGGCCCGUGAUGAGAUCAAACCACAGAACAAGAAGGAAAAAUCUAGUAUAGGUGACGGCCAUUAUCCUCCCCCAUUAGCAGCCUCAUCCUCAUCAGUGCCUGUACAGUUUGUCAAACAGGUGCAGAGAUCACUUCUGGGACCAGGCCCUGAAGGAUUUAAAGAUGACUUUGAAACAGAAGAGGUAUACACAGAUUCUAGUGCCUUUCUCAAGGGUUUACAGAGUGCCAACCCACAUAAUGAUUAUUGUCAACACUUUGUGGACACAGGAGAGAGGCCUCAGAAUUUUAUCAGGGAUGUUGGCUUGGCCAACAGAUUUGAAGAAUACCCGAAAUUGAGAGAACUAAUUCGCCUGAAAGAUGAACUUAUUGCUCAGACUAAUACUCGACCCAUGUAUUUACAAGCAGACUUAGAAGAGUUUGACUUAAGACAACUGAACUGCAAGUUUGAUGUCAUUUUGGUAGAACCUCCGUUGGAGGAGUACCAGAGGACACAAGGAGCUGUUUUUGACAAAUACUGGGACUGGGAUGAGAUUGAGUCUUUGGACAUUCCAUCAGUGGCUGCACAACGAUCAUUUAUCUGGAUCUGGUGUGGUAAUGCUGAGGGGUUGGAGAGAGGAAGACUUUGUCUAAAACGAUGGGGGUUUCGUCGCUGUGAGGAUAUUUGUUGGAUCAAAACAAAUCUUAAAAACCCAGGGCAUAACAAAAAUUUGGAACCAAAUGCAAUUUUUCAAAGAACAAAGGAGCACUGUCUGAUGGGAAUCAGAGGCACAGUGAAGCGCAGUACGGAUGGUGACUUUAUCCACGCAAAUGUAGACAUUGAUCUGAUUAUUGAGGAGCAACCAGAGUACGGCACCAAAGACAAACCUGUGGAAAUCUUUCAUAUAAUUGAGCACUUCUGCCUUGGUCGGCGUCGCCUGCAUCUGUUUGGUCGUGACAGUACUAUACGUCCCGGAUGGCUGACAGUUGGGCCAGAGCUGACCAGCUCAAACUUUGAUGCUGAGGUCUACGCCAGCUUGUUUGAGGCAAAGCCAGACGACUACCUGACAGGGUGCUCUGAUGAAAUCGAGAGAUUGCGACCGAAAUCGCCCACACCCAAGAACAAACAGCCAACACAGCAGACUGAACGGGGUGGUAGAGGGGGAAGAGGUCGUGGCGGUCAGGCGGGGUCAAACAUGAGGGGAGGGUCAAGAGGUGGAGGGAUGCCUAGGGGAUCAGCAGCUGGACGGGGAGCUCCUGGUGGAAGGUUCCGGGGACCCGGUCGGGGUGGGAUUUUCAGGGGAAUGAGAGGUGAUAUGAGAUGA